CUACCCAUCACCUCCCUCUCUCUCUCUCUCUCCUUCUCCUUCUCUCGUCGGCGACGCACGCACGCAGCCGUUCCCUCCGCCGCUCCGCGCCGCCACCGCGGGUCGAGUUGGGCGGCCAUGGCGGCCACGGCAGAUCCGCGGGCGAAGCCCCUGGCGGCGCCGCCGCCGCACCACCUCGAGCCGUGGUCGGCGCAUCAGCCUUCACCGCAUCGCAUGCCCGUCCUCCCCGCGGCAGCCUCGCCCGCGGGUGGCGGGUGCGUGGCCGCCCGCGAUCGCCGCAGGUCGUCGUCCCACCGGCGGGGCGGCGCCGCCCAGGCCGUCGGGGAGGAGCCGUGCGGCGGCGGGAUCGAGGCGCUGCGGGCCAAGCUCAUGGGCCACCUGCGCGACGCGGCCGACCGGCUCCGCGUGCCCCAGCCUAGUAGUCGGGGUUCCUCCCUGCCUCACCCACCUCCGCCGCCGCCGCCGAAGACCGCCGCGAGCCCGCCGCCCGAGACGGGCUCGGAGCCCGAGCCCGAGCUCCGUGCGCCGCCUCCUCCUCCGCCAGCGGCCCCGCAGCAGCAGCCGCAGGCGGAGGCUGCGACGAGGCCGUGGAACCUGCGGGAGCGGUCGCGGCGGCGUCCGGCCGCCAGGUCGUGGGCCGCGUCCCCGUCCCCGCAGCCCUCGUCGUCGUCGCGGAGGCGGCGCAGGCGCGCCCCGUUCUCCGUCUCCCUGACGGCGGAGGAGGUCGAGGAGGACAUCUACGCGCUGACCGGCGCCCGGCCGCGGCGGCGGCCCCGGAAGCGGCCGCGCGCCGUGCAGCGGCAGCUCGAUUCGCUGUUCCCCGGGCUGUGGCUGACCGAGAUCACCGCCGACGCGUACCGGGUGCCGGACGAGUAAGCUACUGCUCCUGCCGCCUCCGCCUUGCCUUGCCGGCGCCGCCAGCCAGUUUCCGAGCUCCGACCCCAGGCUCCAAGGAAGGAAGCUGGGCCAUCCAACCACCUCGCGUCAUCGCGUCGCGGUCGCGUCGUCUCAUCGCCCCGAAUUUACAACUCGGGUCGAGUCGAGCCCACAUCCAGCCGGUAGGUCCGCCUUCCCCCCCCCCCCCCCCCCCCCCCCCCCCGCUUGUCGUAUGCCCUCCCAAGUUCGUUCUUCUUGUUUUUUUUCCCCUCCCUCCCCUCGCCAUCUGGUGUUGGACGUGUGCUCCAUUCCUGCGCCUGCUUCUAGCAGCCUGUACAUACAGUUGUGUGCUUUGUGGUUACUGCUGCUGCUGCUAAAUUCAUGAACAAGUUCCAGUACCUGUUCUUACCGUUA